AUGUUUGCGGCAUUGUUGGGGAAUGUGUUGGCGUUUGGGCAGCAGGCGGUGGGGAAGAUGGGUGAUGCGGCCCUGUCAACGUACAUCUCCGUGCUUAGCAACCUCCUCGAGCGCCUCCCAUCGACCUACCUCAAAGCCCUCAACCCCUCGACCACCAACAACGCAGCCGCGCACAUCCCCGACGACGACGAUGACAUGGACAUCGACCCGGCACCCUCAUCGUCAAGCAAGUCACCUCACGGUAACGAUUCGACUACUACUCCCGCAUAUCGGACCACCCGCCCCGGCACAGGUGCGAACCAAUUUGGGAGAAUCGCUGCUCCACCGCGAAAGUCCACAUCCAAGCGGCGGAUCCCUUCCGGAAGCUCGAUAGGGCAGGUGAAAUUCUUGCACUCUGUCAACAGUGAGCUGAACGCGAGGAAGCGUGGGCACGUUCCUCAGGAGCUCAAAGGUUGUGAGCUCAGUGACCUGGUCGGCGUAACGCCAAUACAGAGUUUCCGCCAUGACUUCCUGGUCCAGAACUACAUUGGGGUCAUUGAUGAACAGUCGGCCCUUAUUCCAUCCAAACUGAGUAGCGGGCCAAAAGGAUCCUACACACACAAGGUGGCUGCGUUCAACAAGGUCGAUCACCAACAUCCUGCGCAGUCUGGCAAAGUGGCAGCGCAUCGUUUGCGACGGAUCCACGUCCAUGUGGCAUUUGUUUACGAAUCGCUGAUGUACAUAAUCAGCUGGCCAGCUUAUUCCGCUCGCCAGCUCUGUGAGGGGGUGUGCUUUUCGCAACCCGAUCCAUUCCCGUUGUCUGGGUCCCCAAACACGCCGACCGUCUCCUCGGGCGACGUUCGAGAGACGACCUAUCUUGUUUGCGAGGAAGUGCAGCCAGCCUUGACGUACCAAGAGGCUGUGGAAAAGCUUCUAGACCAAGGGUCAUUUUUUGUCACAUUGAACAUGAACGAAGAUAUCGGUUCCGACGGGCUGAUUAGGAUUAAUGUCAAGAACAACACGACAGAAGUCAGGGCGUACUUGCAAACGUGCAUCCUUCCCCAAAGCACGCAAACUUUGGCUGUCUACGACACUACCGGCAAUAUCUUCAAAGGACGGCCAUCGAAAAUUCUCGACAAACAUCGCAGCGCAGGCGGUAGAGCCAUCACAUCAAACCGGUCCAGCCCAAACCUCGAUGAGAACGCUGCUCUCGGGACUAAUGGCGCAACUACAGCGUUUUCGGGACGCACACGCACGAUGCCAGCGGCUAAUGACAAUCUGGAAGCCAUCGCGACCGCCCUCAUCUAUGAAGAUCUUGCAGAGCCAGAGGAUCACGAACAUGUCAUGGUGUGGAGUCGAGAUGACAGCCAAGCCGGUCCAGAAGUGCUCGUCCGCGACUUCAGCGAGCUCGUAUCCCUACCAGAAGGCGGGUUCUUCAAAGCCACGUUAUCAGAAAUGCGCGCUUUUGAUCAGCAACGUCACGCGGCGCUAUACGACGAGCACUUUGUUGUAGAGAGCACAUUUGUCGGCGAGUCGAUUGACCUCAUAGUGGCAGAUCGAAAAGACAAGAUGGCGUUGCUCAGCACUCAGCAUGCGAUUCGAGUCGCCUACGAUGGCGAGGAGUUUCUACUCCGCCUCGAAGAUUAA